GCAUCAGUGACGCGAUGGUCUGGUCUGACCUACAGACGUACGGCCGCAGGGUGGGGCUCUCAGACCCCUACCUGCUCUACGCCGCUGACACGUUCCAGUUUGAGCAGGACACGUUCAGACAAGAGCUCCGAGGAGUGAACUACGUGUGCGCUGUAUACCGACUGAUUAAACUUGUACCUACAACACCGGACCAUUCCGCCAUUGUGACCUACAACGGUGAAUACGUCGAAAGUGGACAAGUGCUAAAAUGGGAUGUGGACCUGGUUUUUAAGAAAGGUGAGCUUGUACAGAUAGACGGAUACUUGGCCGAGACGCUCAGGCGAACCAAGUACAGCAAAUAUUUUUCUUUUGACACGUGUGACAGGCCAAUCAACACAGCACGGAACCAGAAUCCAUUUCAAUAUUUGUCCAAAUUGAGAGCAGAUGGGAGAGAUUAUCCUAAAGCUAUUUAUCCCAUGGAUGAGAAAAUCAACAAGUUUUAUGAAGACAUCAUUGGCAAGAUUUUCUAA